UUUUAGACAACACAUAGGCAAACAAAAAUCAAGUCUUGCAUAUUGACAUUGUUGGGUUUUGUCUAUUCUUGGUGGGUUUUGUUCUCUCUCUUCUGUUCAUACGUUCUGUUCUCUUCUGUUUUUGGAAGGCAGGAAAGAGAAAGGAGAAGUUCUUUGGGAUCGAAAAGAGGUAGAAUUGUUCUUGAAGAAUCGAUCUAUAGCGCGUGUUAGCUGCAAUGCUAACUUGGGAGACCCCAGUUAUGCUUGCAAGCAACACCGCCUCAACGAAAAAGCUUGCCUUCAUUACCACCUUCCUCAUCAUUGUGUUAUUCCCGGACACAAUGGUUAUGUCUCAGCCGCAGGCGGACGUUGUGCCACUGCCAGGCUCAGACGCAGAUUGUCUCUUGAAAUUCAAAGAUACUUUGGUUAAUGCAUCGUUCAUUAGCAGUUGGGAUCCUUCCAUCUCCCCGUGUAAGCGAAACUCGGAGAAUUGGUUCGGCGUUCUCUGUGUUACCGGUAAUGUUUGGGGCCUACAACUCGAAGGAAUGGGGUUAACCGGAAAGCUAGACCUUGAACCAUUAGCUCCGAUCAAGAAUCUACGAACCUUAAGCUUCAUGAACAAUAAAUUUAACGGUUCAAUGCCAUCUGUCAAGAAUCUCGGUGCGUUGAAGUCAUUGUACUUGUCUAACAACCGGUUUACAGGGGAGAUACCCGCCGAUGCGUUUGAUGGUAUGCAUCAUUUGAAGAAGCUUCUGUUGGCUAACAACGCAUUUCGGGGGAACAUCCCUUCUUCUUUAGCUUCUUUGCCAAUGCUUUUAGAGUUGAGGGUAAAUGGGAAUCAGUUUCAUGGGCAAAUACCUGAUUUUAAACAGAAGGAUCUUAAGUUGGCUAGCUUCGAAAACAAUGACCUCGAGGGACCUAUACCGGGAAGCCUUAGCAAUAUGGAUCCUGGCUCCUUUUCAGGGAACAAGAACUUGUGUGGACCUCCACUAAGCCCAUGUUCGAGUGAUUCGGGAUCUUCUCCGGAUCUCCCUUCUAGUCCCACGGAGAAGAACAAGAACCAAUCUUUCUUCACCAUUGCUAUUGUUCUGAUUGUUAUUGGGAUAAUACUGAUGAUCAUUUCGCUUGUGGUCUGUAUCCUUGAUACCAGAAAACGGAAAUCUUUGUCGGCCUAUCCAUCCGCGGGUCAGGACAGGACAGAGAAAUACAAUUACGAUCAAUCCACGGACAAGGACAAAGCCGCAGAUUCUGUCACGAGUUACACUAGUAGGAGGGGAGCAGUACCAGAUCAGAAUAAACUCUUGUUUUUGCAAGAUGACAUUCAGAGAUUUGACCUUCAAGAUCUUCUUAGAGCCUCUGCUGAAGUUCUUGGGAGUGGAAGCUUUGGUGCUUCUUAUAAAACUGGGAUAAAUAGCGGACAGACGCUGGUCGUGAAGAGGUAUAAACAUAUGAACAAUGUCGGAAGAGAGGAGUUUCAUGACCAUAUGAGACGGUUAGGGAGAUUGAACCAUCCAAAUCUGUUGCCUAUUGUGGCUUACUAUUACCGCAGAGAAGAGAAGCUCUUGAUCGCUGAGUUCAUGCCAAAUCGUAGCUUGGCAAGCCAUCUUCACGCGAAUCAUUCUGUUGAUCAACCUGGAUUGGAUUGGCCAACAAGGGUAAAGAUUAUACAAGGAGUGGCUAAGGGUUUAGGUUACUUGUUCAACGAGCUAACAACCCUAACAAUCCCUCACGGUCAUCUCAAGUCAUCGAACGUUGUAUUGGACGAAUCAUUCGAGCCUCUCUUAACCGAUUAUGCACUAAGACCGGUGAUGAACUCAGAGCAGUCUCACAAUCUAAUGAUCUCAUAUAAAUCACCAGAGUAUAGCUUAAAGGGACAUCUAACAAAAAAGACAGAUGUUUGGUGCCUCGGGGUUUUGAUCUUGGAGCUAUUAACAGGUAGGUUUCCGGAGAAUUAUCUAAGCCAAGGGUACGAUGCUAACAUGAGCCUCGUAACUUGGGUCAGCAACAUGGUUAAGGAGAAGAAAACGGGUGACGUGUUUGACAAGGAAAUGACUGGGAAGAAGAACUGCAAAGCAGAGAUGCUAAACCUUUUGAAAAUCGGGUUGAGUUGUUGCGAAGAAGAUGAAGAAAGGAGGAUGGAGAUGAGAGAUGCUGUGGAGAAGAUAGAGAGGUUAAAGGAAGGAGAAUUUGACAAUGAUUUCGCAUCGACGACAAAUAAUGUCUUCGCUUCUCGGUUGAUAGAUGACGAUGACUUUGGUUUCGCCAUGAAUCGAUGAUGAGUUGAUUGAUAUGAUCAGUCUUCUUCAGAAGAAUGGAAAAGCUAAACAAUUUGUAAUCUUGAUGCCAAAAGAGAAUGGAUUUUCUGUUUGUUCUUUGUUAUGUAACUUUUUCCAUCCUUAAAUCACUCUCUUCGUGUAAUUGUAAAUCCAUUUUGCAGAGUUUUGAAAGUUUACUCAUUUCUUCA